UUCUUCUUCUUCUUCUUCCCCCAACCGUCUCCUCCUCUGCCUCAUGCCUUGACGGCGCCACGGGUAGCUUCGCCUGUUGAUCGAGCAGGGGAAGCGAGAGGAAGGGAGGGAUAGAGAAGCAGAAGAAGGCCCGGAGCGGAGCCAAGAUGUUUGACAGCUUGCUCAACUCCAAGUUCUACAACAAAUGUAAGCACGCGUUCAAAUGCAUUCGAACGCGGAUGGGUCCGAUACGGCGGAAGAAGCACGCCAUGAUUCGGUUCUUGAAGAAGGACGUGGCUGACCUCCUCGCCAAUGGCCUCGACAACCACGCCUUCGGACGGAUGGAUGGGUUGAUAGUUGAGUUGAAUCAUGCUUCAUGCUAUGAUAUGAUCGAGCAGUUCUGCGAUUACAUAGGGAAGCAGCUCGGCAGCCUUCAGAAGUUAAGGGAAUGCCCCCCAGAAACCAGAGAAGCUGUGUCAACUCUGAUUUUCGCUGCUGCUCGGUUUCCUGAUUUGCCUGAACUGUGCGACCUAAGGCAUAUAUUCACAGAGAGAUAUGGCAACUAUGUUGAGCAUUUUGUUAGCCUUGAGUUUGUUCAGAAACUUGACAGUACAGAGUUCACUAAUGAGGAAAAGUUGCAAGUCAUGCAAAGCAUUGCUGAAGAAUUAUCCGUUAGUUUUGAUGCCAAGGAAUUGGAACUCAAGUUAUGGGUCACGCCAGAAAAUGAACAUGAUAUGAUUGAGAAGGGUUCAAGGAAACAAGUGAAACCAGCAAUGCCUUUAUCCAACAAGCAGAAGUGUGAUGACGAUGCUCCAUGUGCAAGGAAAAAUAAGGAUAUGCUUGAGAAGGAUUCAAGGAAGCCAGUAAAACUAGCAAUGCCUUUAUCCAACAAGCAGAAGGGCGAUGAGGAUGCUCCAUGUGAAAGAAAAUAUGAAGCUACACCUGUGCGCCGUAAGGAGAAAGUGGAAAUACAGUUGAACCGAACAGAUACUCAGGCUGUUGCUGAUGGCAUCGAUCAAUUUAAUGAAAAUUUCAGGAAGCAGCAAUCUGAUAAAUCUAAUGAGAAGGAACAUUUGGAGAAAUCAGUGUCUCCUGUGGACACAAAAAGAAGGAACAGAAAAAUUGGCCGCCCUUCUGAAAAGGAGCUGAUGGAAGCAGUGGAGCUUGAUCUCAAUGGUCUGCCUAAGCAGGGAUUUGGUGCUGUCAAAUUUCCUGAAACAGGAAGCAACAUAACAGCUCAACGAAAUGCAAAGCCAAAGGAAGCUGUGAAAGGACAUCAUGUUGAAAAAGAGAAUGAGGAAAUCCUUCGUCACCACCACCCAUCAGGUAUGCCUGGUGGUCCUGAUCACAAUGGGAGACGUGCAGAUUCAGGGCUAAGAGCUCAGCGCCCAGAGAAUCAAGGACGUCCAGUGAGUCCUUUGAAUGGUAACACUAAAAACAAGCUUCCUCCUUAUGCUAAGCUGAAUGGGGCAGAUAUGAAGAAUCCUACUGAAAAACAAGCAAACAAUGGUUUCUUGUAUGAUAAACCGCAAUAUUUAGCUGAUCAGGGAAAUCUGGUGCAGAAAGGACAAGGAGUGACAGAGAGGGCAACUACUAUGCGACCUCCUUAUGUUAAACCAAAAUCUAACAUGCAACCUGUGAAUGGUGAUACUGAAAAUCCAACUCCUGGUGACUACAGCAAGCACAAUAUCCCUGGACAAACUGAUCAGUUGGACGACAAAGAUGUGCUUCGGCCUGUUUCUGUUAGAAGGAAAAGUGAAAAGCCGAUAGCACCUGUUGAGGCGCCUAACAAUGAGAAGGUCACAAGACAAACGCUCAGCAGUCACAGAAGGCACUCAAGCAGGCAGAAUGUUGCUAACCAUGACCGAAAAGGUAAUGGGGUUGAUGACGUUGUUGGUAAUGGGAAGAAUGUUCAGAGAACUCCUAGUAGCCAACCAAAGCACACAGGCAGGAGGAAUGGAGCUUUGAACCACGACAAUGACUAUGACUGGUUCAUGCGGCGUAGGCAACCAGAAGCAGAUGAGACUGCUAUUGAUUUUGGUAAUCUCUUGCCUCGCAAUGUAAGUGCGCAGAGGAGACACAAAAGCGGAUGCAACGGAAACCUUGAUGAUGAGGAAAGGAUGACGGACAAGCUUCUGAUGCACUAUAGCAAGAAAGGUUUAGACCCAACCGACAAAGCUGCUAAUGACAAUGAAGCACAAAUAGAUUCUCAACAAAAGGUUUCCUUACAUCCCCCGGGUAGAGCUAUCUCGCUACCGCCUGAAUCCGUUGGCCCAGGUGGAGAUGUGAAGGUUCCUGCUCGGUCCACCUCACUGCAGCCGGACUGUCCUAAAACUGUGCGUGUGCACCCAAGAAUGCCGGACUUUGAUGAACUGGCAGCCCGGGUCUAUGCUCUGAGGAAGGCUUGAUGUAGCAUACGAUUGCCUUCGGCUUGUUUGUGUAAAUGUUUUUCCCUGAUGAAGAAUUGAGCCCUUUUUGACAGCCCAAGUCACAGCCAUUCGGUCAUUCUUGAUGUGCAGUGCCUAUGAGAUUAAACAGAUUGGUGUAUUUGUUUUCUUUUUUUCUAUUAGAUUUUUUUAUAUGUUUCACCAGGUGUUUGUCUAGCGUAGUAACACUGGUUUGAGGAUCAACACGAUAUACACAGUAGUUGAUAGGGAUUUCCAUUCGUCUAGCGUAGUAACACUGGUUUGAGGAUCAACACGAUAUACACAGUAGUUGAUAGGGAUUUCCAUUUGUUCUUUUUUUAUUGAUAGUGAUUUGAUUUGAUAUAUUGUACCUCCAGAUUCCAUUGU